AUGCCAAGAAUCAUUUCAGGCUCUUCUUCGGGCUCCAUUUUCGCCAGUAUGUUGUGCUGCAAUACGAACGAGGAGAUGGCUGCGUUGUUGGCGCUGAUUACGGAGCAAAAGCUCAACAUUUUCGGAAAGUCCGACCCGACAGAGAGCACCUUCAAAAAAUUCUUGGAACGGGUUAGCCAUAUGCUCAAGUUUGGUACCUUUUUUGACAUCAAGGGCCUCCAAGAAACCAUGCGGGAGUUCGUGGGCGACUUGACCUUUAGAGAAGCCUACAAUAGAACCGGUAAGAUUCUCAAUAUCACGGUAUCUCCAGCCUCAAUGCAUGAGCAAACGAGACUCUUAAAUUACUUGUCUGCUCCAAAUUGUCUUAUCUGGUCUGCUGUGAGUGCCUCAUGCUCCCUUCCUGGCAUUUUCCCUUCCUCCACGAUCUACGAAAAGAACCCACGAACUGGUGAGAUCCGCGAGUGGAACAACGACGUCUCUCUGAAGUACGUCGAUGGCUCUGUUGAUGGCGAUCUUCCCAUUUUGCGCUUGUCUGAGAUGUUCAAUGUUGAUCAUAUCAUUGCAGUGCAAAUUAAUCCGCAUGUGUCUCCCAUUUUGAGGUUCUCUGUGGGCUCCUUCUCUGGUCCACUAGAUAACGAUUUAAGAGAGGCUGUGAGAGGUAUUUUGAACAAUUGCUACGACUUCGUCACUAGUGAGAUCAUCCACUACUUGCAAGUCAUACACGAGAUGGAUGUCUCGAAGAACUUGGCAAUGAAAGCAAUCUCCCUUUUAUCACAACAAUACUCAGGUGAUGUCACUAUUUUACCUGACCUUCACUUCACAGACUUCACGAAAGUAUUUGAGAAUCCAGGACCAGAGUUUUUGUUAGACUUCUUGCUAAGAGGUGCCCGUGCUUGCUGGCCAAAGAUCAGUCUUAUAAACAACCACUGUGGUGUUGAAUUCGCCUUGGAUAAAGCAAUCACCAAGCUUCGGGGAAGAGUCAUUGCUUCGUCUAACAACAGAAUCACAUACGGAAGUACUGCGAUGAAUGGCACUACGUCAGACAUGUUGAAGAAUGGGGAAAUGAAUUCAUACUUGAUAAGUUACCCUGUAUUUAAUCGGUCCAAACGCUUGGAGAAUGAUCACAAACAACUCCCUCAAAUCCCACAGAUCAAAAGGCACAACACAACCACAAAUGCUAGCAUAUAUUCUACUGGUGAACGGAUCCCCAAGCAGAAGAAAAGGGACAAGUUUGUCUCGAUGUUCUCUGGAGAGAAAGCUAAAGGGAUACUUAAAGGCAAAUCCACUACGUCUUUGCUGUCCAUGAAUGGAAGGCUUGAUCGCGGUGGUGCAAGUGAGCCUUCAUCUGGGCUACUUGGCAAUAAUGAUAACACAUUGCAAGGUAUCGAAGCGUAUGGAUAUUCAAUGGCAGCGAACCAUGAUGGUCGCAGGAUUCGCAAGGCUGUAAGUUCCGGAAACUUCCAGCUUAACGACGACUCCCUUACACACAGCCCAGUUAAGCUUCGUACGAGUCCAAAGGAUGAGAAGUCUGUCCACUAUUCCGACUACGGCGAACUAGCGUCUUUGUAUGGGACACCCGGAAGGAAGCAAGAGAAACCAAAGAGCUUGGAAACUAGGGAGAGGGCUAACUUGCCACGGUCGUCAGGCAGUGGAAACCUCCUUGGGCUCACUAGACUGAGAGAAUCGUCAUUUUCAUACGGCUCUCUGGCAACUCCCAAUGCGUUGGUACAACGCGAAUACGACACCGAGGUGUUGGAGUCAAUGAAAACUCUCAACGCGCCAGACUUGAGGCGCCUGUUGUCGAAACCUCGGUUGCUGCUGUCGAUGCGCCAGCGUCAUCACUCGCGUUCACUCCUGGGUCCAGCGGGAAACCAAGCAUACUUUGACCGAAGCCCUGGUAUGGGAAGUCCGAACAUUCCGAAAAGCAUACCUCUUUUUGGCAAGGAGGUGAGUGAUCCUGAUACAAGCGGCCCGUCGAAAGACGUCAGUGAGCAAGGACUGUCCGAUAACGAGCCCGCAAGUGACGAUGUAGAUGGAGAGAUUAACCCUGUUGAGCCCAAAGGAAACGCUGAUGAGGAUUCUGAGGGGGAAUUCUACCCUUGUGAGUGA